CAGAAAUAGUCUUUUGCAUUCUUUUUUUUUUUUUUUUUAAACCUUACCUCAAAUAACAACUCUGGUAAUUCUACUUAUAUAAAGUCCUUACACAAUAACUACCAACUAAGCUAAACAGAAUCUAGAGUUAAUGAGCAAAGUCUCCUUCUAUCUUGUCUGUCCAUUUUCAAAGGACAUUUUUUCUUUGGGCUUCUAUCUUCAAGCCCCGCUAUUCAUGCUCUCCUUGACAAGAUGACAGAUUAGUUUACUUUUUACCUUGGACUCAACUGGUGUCCUGAAUUCCACUGGUGUACAACUGGGUGCCAUCUCCCAGGCGAAGAGAUUAAACUUCCUUUCUUUGUUUACUUUUCUAGGUCCACAGUAUCUGAUGCAUCCUAUGGUUUAUCUCCUCGGGGAUCUGCCCCCGCCCUCAGAGCUCCAUUUUCCCUCAGCACUGUGAGGAGUCUUAAGAUAAGUUUCUGAUCCCUUGGGGAUCCUCUUUCCUCUUUUUUUUUUUUUUCUUCACUUUUUGCCAGCUCCCUUUUUUGCUAAAAUGCCCGGUUCUUUUCUUCGCUCCACUCUCGGAGCUUCUAUCCUAAUAUGGUAUUGGCUCCGGAAGUGGCAUCUGCCGGGUCUUUUCAUCAUGUCCACACUCAUUCUCUCACAGCCAGCAACCAAGAAGACCUUGUGCUUGUGCCUGCCUCCGCUCUAAUAGGUGUUCCAGCGCCGCCUUUGCCCGGGUCCAAGAUCUUGUGCGCCCUGGGCUUACGGGUAGACCCCAGAGGUUACCCCUGCUGACAUCAGGAGGACCCCUUAACUCUCCUGCCACAACUUCGGAUGUAACUUCAGUGGGGGGGUCCUCCCUUGGGGCAGCCACCAGGGUCGACGCGUUUCCCGGCGGGUACUCUCGGGGCUCCGUCCUCCCCUACACCCUGGCCACCUUAAGUUCUACCUCCUCUGGCUUCCACGUUGUCCUCGGCCUGCCACCCUCUCGCCCCUGACUCGCCGGCCAUCAAUGAAGGUCUUCAGGCUUGAGGUACAGCCUACUGGGGCGCCAGCCCGGUUCUUCUGCCUUGGCUCCUGCUUCAAUUCUGCUGCCAGUGAUGCAGCCGGCUCUUCCGCUGGCUCUACAGUCUAUGGUGCGACCGGUUACCUCACCGGCGCUGCUGCCUGCCAUGCAGCCAGCUCCUCCACCGACCCUGCCGCUUGUGAGACAGCCGGUUUCCUCACCGGCUCUGCUGCCUAUGACGCGACCAGUUACCUCACCGGUUCUGCUGCCUGCAAUGCAGCUGGUUUCUUUGCUAGCUCUGCUUCCCGUCACCCAGUCAGCUCCUCCUCCGGCUCUGUUGCCGGUGAUGCAGCUGGUUCCCUCAACGGCUCUGCUGACAACCGCGGAGCUGGCUCCUCCGCUAGCACUGCCGCUGGCUGCUUUGCAAGCUCUCUCGGAGCCUGCUCUGGCUCCGCCCCUUUCGCUCCCCGCCGCUGGCUGAUCCCCUCCUCGCAGGAGCUCGCUCCUCCAGUCUCCUCCUAUCAGCCGCCCCGCUGCCUCGGCUGGGCCACUUUUUAUCCCUUCCGGGAAGCGUCCUCCGCCCCCGCUGCUCUGCUGCAGCUGGAUAAACGCCUGGCUGAUCACCUGCGCUGGCGUUCUUGGCGUGCGUGCCUCCUCUGGCUCUGCAGGAGGUCUUCCACCUGAACAUCCCCUGUAUCCAUUCUUGAGAAGACUGAUUAAGUGGAAGAGGAAGGAAGGGCUGAGCUAUCAAUGCUGGGAUUUCUCCCCAUGGUCAC